UGUCCCUCUCUCACCUCUUCCUACACAGCCUCUCUCUCUGUACAUCAUCUCCUCUUUCUCCCUCUCUUCUGCUUCCUAUUUCCCAUCCCCUUUCUCUCCUCUCAGAGUGGCGACAACAUGACUGCCUGCGUCAGCCAGCCCCCUUCCAACCAGUGAGCGCUUGCUGCUGGAGGUUGCUGUAUCCUGCAGAGAGCCAAAUGUGUGUGUGUGUGUAAUAGUAUGAGCGUACGCAGAUGGGAAAACAAGUGAGUCAGGAAGGGCUGCCUCUCAUCACCAUCUUUCCCUCCUCUCCUCCUUCUCUGGCAUGGAGCUCCAGCGGAGUGAAUCCAGACCAGAUCUGCACAAAGGGCUGAGCAGGUAGAUGUUUUUGAGUGUGUGCCGCUCCGGCCAGGAUGGAGAGUGUGUGUCUGAGGACAUGGACGUCAGGCUCUGCUGUUGUGUUCUUCAACACACUGGCCCUGUCCUGGGCAGGUGCUAUCGAACCUGCUCCUAAAAUCGAUGGGCGGCAGCAGGCAGCCGUGACACUUCAGGAGAACAUGACACACAGAUUCAACUGCCAAUCAGAUGGCUGGGAUCCUCGGGCCCCGCCCCUAUUGACCUGGUACCUGAAUGGGAAGCAGCAGACGGAGCCUUCACCGAACCGCGGCCGUCUGGUGAUGACGUCACAGAAGGACUCUGAGGUCUUGAGACCGGGGACCAAUAGCAACAGUAGCUUCACUCUACGGGCCAAGAAGUGGGACAGGGAGCUGGUGUGUGUGGCAUCCAACCCCCGGACAGGGGAAAGCUACAAUGCAACAGUCACGCUCAAUGUCCAGUUCCAGCCAGAGAUCCUCAGGGUAAACGCCCACUACAGUGAAACCUCAGACCCCGGCCUCUCCCUGGUCCUGUUCGCCUUGGUACGCUCCAACCCUCCUGCCACCAUCACUUUCGUGGACCAGUCAGGCCAGCUGGUGGCCAAUACAUCCGACUUCCUCAUCCUGGACUCUCGAAGCUACCCUUGGCUGACCAACCACACCCUGAGGGUCACACUGAGUAGUCUAUCAGGGAACCUAACAGUGAAUGCCAGCAACAGCGUGGGAAUGGCUCAGAGCAACCUCACACUGGCAGAGUUCCUGCAGUCUCGUGUGGAGGUUCCCAUGCUGGGGAUAGUUACUGGAGGAGCCAUGGCCUUCAUGGCCCUCCUCAUCCUCAGCCUGAUAGUUCUCUGCCUUAUGCAAAAAAACAAGAGCAAGAUCAUAGAUGAACCAGUGGAGAUUCUGAUGACCAAAAAAAGUGAAUCAGCAAACCUGAAGACGGACAGAGCAGAUAAGACCAACAUCCCCAGAGAGAACAUGUCUCUGCCUGCCAACAUGCAGCUCAACGACCUCAGCUCUCUGAGGAAAGCUCGAGAAGUUGCUCAGCAGAACAGCGUGGGAGAGGAGAAGAAAGAGGAAGAGGAGGAGGAAGAUCUGUCUUUAGCCUACGCAGCAAGAGGUUUUGCCAGGUAUCCAAUGGUUGGCUACAUCUAUAAGGUGAACAGCACCAGCAGUGAGGAAAUCUGGCUCUGACAGAUCAUCCAGCAACUCUCCCUACUGUUUGUGCAUGUAUACCUGCAUCUUACAAUGCAGCUGUCUGAGAGGAACCCCCACUCUGCAAGGCAACCACUGACCAGUUACCUUCAAGCUGGAACAAAGUUCAGAGGACAUCCUUGUUUUUAAAAACCGUCCCUCUACGAAUGCACAAAACAUACCCAUGAAUGUUUGUCGUACAGUAAAGCAGGUACUCAGGUGUUUGUGCUGCUGAUUUCUCGUCUCAUCAAAGCAAAUUUUCUCAUAUUGCUCAUCAUGUUGUCUCUUUGGUUGCAUUAAUGGAAUGUGUUUUAGGGUUCUUUACUAAAACCUGAAUGUUUAUUUGGUCAAAUGUAACCUGAAUGCGUUACUACAGAGUAUAGAACCGUUUCUUAACAUGCCACAUGUCCUGUCCUGUAUAUUUAUAUGCAUACAUGUAUAAAAGAGUCUAAUAAAGGUAUU